AUGCCCCAAAGAGGCACAGUAGUCCUAGCUUGUUGGUGUCUCUCUACGUUCACUGUUGGAAAGUUAGAUACGACUCCUUGUCAAGCGACACCGCAUUUGAAAACGCUGCAGUAUCAGGACUGUCACUUCUCCCGCUGCACACCGCGAUGCAUCAAUACGGUGUCUGACAACAACUAUGCAGAUGCUUUCGUCUUUGAGCCAAUAGACGUCCAGCAUCACACAACCAAGCGACUUGGUCAGUCAAGCAGGGGACCUUGGAAGAUCCUUCGACAAAGAAAAGCAUUAAUUCUCCAUGUUAAUGUUGCCCGGCCGGUCCAAGCUCCUCGUCAACCACAAAGCCAGCCUGCCACUGUCUAUGGACCGCAUCAUGACACACUAGACGUUGCACAAGCCGAAUGGAAACAUUCAAGAAUGCUCCACGUGUUGACUUGGCUUUGUGUUCCUCUGAGCUUGCGAGACAACCUCGACUACUCACGUGGAGUACCCACUGAUGCGCAACCCAUGCCGAUUCCAGCCCUUGUGGUGAGGUGGCUGGGCCCCUGUGCGACUUUUACGAAUGCAAGGUUCUUUGCGACAUCAGACAAAGCUGUCCCACCGCCGUUGGUUAGCAUAUGUCUCAAUGGCCAGAUUUGCAACGUCGAGGCUCCCAGAACUCCCAGCACUGUGUCGAGGGUACCCACACCUUCAAGACAUACGUCAAGCUCAGCAAUUUUGCUCGUGCGCCCGAGUGUGCGGGCGGAACAGCUUCUCGUUUCCUUCUUGGCGUAUAUGCAUAAAGGCCUGGGCUCAUUAUUCAAUCUGACCAUUGAACGAGUUCAAUUGAUCACUACUAUCUAUUCCUACAAGCAUAUCAUUUGCCUCUAUAUUAAAGAUUCGAGGUACGGACUAUUUGGUUCUCAGAUAACCAGAAUCUAUCAAGCGCAGGGUCGUUGCUCCCCAAUUUUAUCGACAGUGCAGGAUAAGAAGCGUGGUGUCCGAGAUUACCUUGUGGGGGAAUAUCACACCAGUGUGCGUGCGGUUGGUCACUUGGGCGUCAGUUCACGCGUCCGCAUAUCAAGGGCAGCCCCAAUUGAUCUCAAUGUUAGUGCUUCCCAAGUUGCGGGGAAUCAAACUUGGAACAUUUGUGCUGGUCUACAAAUGACUGCCGGCAUGAACCAACACGAAACUGACUUCUUGAACGGGUACAGUUAUUAUCAACAGGCGUAG